AUGGCCUCAGAUGGCGCCAUCAAGGCCAUUGACCCGAGCACGAUCCAUCAGAUCCAAUCUGGUCAAGUCAUCGUCGACCUUUGCUCUGUAGCCAAGGAACUCGUAGAAAACGCACUAGAUGCUGGAGCGACGACAAUCGAUGUCCGGUUUAAGAAUCAAGGUCUCGAUUCGAUCGAAGUCCAGGAUAAUGGCAGUGGAAUAUCAUCCAGCAACUAUGAAUCCAUUGCGCUAAAACACUAUACUUCCAAACUAUCCACCUACGAUGAUCUAUCAACCCUACAAACCUUCGGCUUCCGAGGUGAGGCUUUGUCCUCCCUCUGCGCCUUGUCACACUUUACCAUCGUUACAUGCACCCAGAAAGAGGCGCCAAAGGCCACCAAACUCGAGUUCGAGACAUCCGGAAAGCUCAAGAGCACCAGUGUUGUUUCGGGCCAGCGAGGUACCACGGUCUCAGUCGAAAACCUGUUCAAGAGUCUGCCUGUCCGCCGACGCGAGCUCGAAAGAAACAUCAAGCGAGAAUGGGGCAAGGUGGUCAACCUGCUCAACCAGUAUGCCUGCAUUCAAACCGGCGUCAAGUUCACAGUGUCGCAACAACCUACCAAAGGAAAGCGGAUGGUCCUGUUUUCAACAAAGGGAAACCCUACCACCCGAGAAAACAUCAUCAACGUCUUUGGCGUAAAGACAAUGACUGCCCUGAUCGCUAUGGACCUCAGGCUGCAACUAAAACCUAGCAAUACUGGAUUCCUGAGCAAGACGCCUGCCGCGGACGAAGACACGACGACAGAAGUUCGCAUUUGUGGACAUAUCUCUCGCCCGGCUCAUGGCGAGGGCCGCCAGACGCCAGAUCGGCAAAUGUUCUACGUCAAUGGAAGACCGUGUGGGUUGCCUCAGUUCGCCAAGGUCUUCAAUGAGGUCUAUCGGUCCUAUAACUCGACUCAAUCGCCUUUUAUAUUUGCUGAUAUCCAGCUGGACACGCAUCUUUAUGAUGUAAAUGUCAGUCCAGACAAGCGCACUAUCUUGCUUCACGAUCAAGGACAAAUGCUGGAUAAUUUGAGGGAGUCCUUGAUAGAGCUUUUUGAGUUGCAAGAUGUCACCAUUCCCGUGUCACACACUCAACCACUCAAGAGCUCAACCUUCAGGGGGCCAUCAACAGUCCCUUCGGGGUCACUGACCCAGGCGCGAGGGAGAGACAACAGGGAUGCAUCGGAAGAGCCGGAUAGUUCUCUGCCUUCAGAUAAACCUGAAAACGGACCAGGAGGCAAUAAGACAGCCAGGAGUGCGAUCGAUGAGGACUCCGAUGAGGCAGUGAGCGAUAAUGAUGUGCCGAGUACUCGGUCUACUGGUUCCCAAACGAAGGCUGUGCCGUCCAGAUCGACACCUGCUAACACACAGGCAUCGAACCUACUUUCACGGUGGCUUGAGCGAAAGUCUGAGGUCCGCAAACAAUCAGUUCCAUCUACUCUCAACGCGAAAGACAGCAACAGGGAGAGAUCUGUCGAAAAGGAGCCGAAAUUCCCAGAUAGGACUAGUGAGGAUGACACAAAGGAUGCCGAGUCGGACGCCGAACAGGAGACUGCAGAAAACAUGGAAUCCGUGGAGGACGAUUCAAGGACUCAGGAUGUGGUCGAUGAGAUGGAAGUGGACAGAGGUGAACCACCAAUGUCAUCCAUUCCCCUUCCAUCUCAGCCACCUAUCCCGAAAGGGAGUCUACUAUCGAUACCACGACCACCGAAACGGUCAGCACAAGAGGAGGUGGCAACGAUCACUAUUGGCGAUCAUUCCAUCACCAGCGUCAUCGGCUCAUCCAAUAAAAGGUCCCGAUUGUCGGAGGGCAUGAGAUCAGUCAGUCUUGAGAACUCUCCAAAGAAAGGGGUCAGGACUGUUCCUGUGCCUUCUUUCGGUGGCCGUUUGACUCAGCUGUUUGCUGCUUCGGCUGCUGCAUCUCAAGGGGCAUCAAAGGGCCUCGAAAUGACGACUGAGGAUGCGGAGAUGGUCGAUGAGGAAGAAGGGGAAGAGGAAAACGAAGAGGGCAACGAAACGGAGAAAGAAGAGGAUUCCGAUGAGGAAACACUAUUCGUGAGCCAACCGAAGGAUGUGCCCGCAGUCGAAGAUGAUGAUGAUGACGACGAAGCUGAUAAUCCAGCUCGUGAAAUCAGCCCAACCGAUGAGGAGGGCAGUGGUCCCACAAGUGGCCAGACCACUCAACGCGUGGUGGAAGACGAAGAGGAUGGUGAAGCUGAAGCUACAGAAGAUGCACAUUCUGAGUGUUGCCUGCAUGACGGCGAUGACGAGGAAUACAUCCACGAGGACGAGAAGAAGGCCAGAGAAGAGAAGAAGGUGCAAAAGAUGAUCAAAGCCGCUGAAACGAAGGCAAAUGAGCCAACCGAAGAGGGCGAAAAGCGUUCCCAGAGUUUUGUGAAGGGACGACUAAAACGGAAAGACUUGACAUUCAACCUUGUCCAUCGUGUAAAAACAAACGAGGAAAACAUCCGGUCUCGAAUGGAAGCCUGGGCAAAAUACCUACCCAGCGCUGGCAAAGCUGGCUCGUCUACACAAGAGAGCAGCAACGGGGAACAGGCAACAACAGGCCUCGACGCCGCCGACGCCGAAGAGAAACUAUCCCUCAAGAUCUCCAAAUCCGACUUUGCCAAGAUGAAGAUCGUCGGCCAAUUCAACCUCGGCUUCAUCAUCGCCGUCCGGGAAGCUUCAUCAUCCUCCUCUUCUUCCACACAACCUUCCUUAACUCAAACCACCCCCAAAGAAGACGACGAACUCUUCAUCAUCGACCAACACGCCUCGGACGAAAAAUACAAUUUCGAGCGCCUCCAAUCCACCACCACCGUCCAAUCCCAACGCUUAGUCCAGCCCAAACCGCUCACCCUCACCGCCGUCGAAGAAGAAAUCAUCCUCGAACACCUCCCCAUCCUGUCCCAAAACGGCUUUUCCGUACACGUCGACACCUCGGGCUCUUCGCCCGUCGGUUCCCGCUGCCAGCUUCUUUCCCUCCCCCUUUCGCGCGAAACCACCUUCUCGGUCGCCGAUCUAGAGGAAUUGAUUUUCCUGCUGGGGGAUAACCCCCACCCCUCCAGCUCUACUACUACGGCGAUACCGAGACCGUCAAAAGUGAGAAAAAUGUUUGCCAUGAGAGCGUGCAGGAGCAGUAUCAUGAUUGGACGGGCGUUGUCUGGGGCGCAGAUGGAGAAAGUGGUUAGGCAUAUGGGCGAGAUGGAGAAGCCGUGGAAUUGUCCGCAUGGACGGCCGACUAUGAGACAUCUUUGUGGGUUGGGGGCGGCGUUUGGUGGGGAUGGUAGUAGCAAAGAAAAGGAGAGGGGGUGGGAUGAGUGGGAAGGGGGAGGAGGCAAAGGGGGAGGAGGGAGGGAGAGGGUGGAUUGGAGGGGGUGGGUUAGGGAGAAGAGGGAGGAAGGAGGAGAGGAAGAGGUGGAUGAAGAAGAGGGAGAAGAAGGGGAAGAAAUGAGUGAAUGA